ACUACCAGGCUCAUGAAAAGUGCUCGCGACGCGGAGCCCACCAUUGGCUCCCGACUGCCGAGGCUGGGAGGCAGUGGCGACAGGGGGAAGGAGCCCGGACCGACGGACCUUUUUGGAGGAAACACCGAGAGAGAGAGAGAGAGAGAGCACCAGAAACCCGGACGAAAACCCGGGAUUAUAACGCUGUUUUUUAUUCGAUGUUUGGAGUUCCCAAACGGAUCAAACCGUCGCUAACGUUCAACGUUAGCUGGAAGUUUUCGAGUGGAGCGCUGAUGUGGUGACGCGACUCUUAAGCUAACGUUAGCUGAUAGAUUAAUCAUCUCAGCAGAGCUUUUGGAGACAUUUCAGGAUUUUUAUACUCGUUUUUAGUGUUUUCGUAAUAAUGUAAGCUACAUAGCUAUGAGAUAUCAUAUCAUGUUGUCUACUUUUAUAUGGAAUACGGCGUAUCCGUAGACAACUACCUGACGUUCUCGUAGCUAAGUUAGUAUAUGAAACUAGCUAGCGUUAGCUACCUAGCUGGCUAGUAGCUAACGGUGGCUAGCUGUCGACUUUUAAACCGACUUCAAGCCAAAGAAUUCAGCUUCAAAUUAGCUAACGCUAGCGAGGCUACAACUGUUUCCACGUCACCUCAUCACAUAUCUAGCUACCUGUUGUGAAAUGUUGUUGCUGGCGAGUUUACCUUUAUUUUCAAAGAUGGACGUUUGUUUUGAAAAGCAAAGAUACACACCUUACUUCCAAAUCUAAAUAUGCAAUCAUCGAAUCACCAUCUUACUUAAUGCUAGCUUGCUAACGUUGAGUUAGCCGGCCAAACUUGGAGUACUGCCCCCUUGCUCACUUGAUGUGGGUUUCACUUUGAGGCCUUGAGGAAAUUAUCCCUUUUUUCCACCGAUAAGACCCUUUUCACAGCCUUAAUGCAGCCCAGCCUCUGAAUGGGAUUUCUAUUCUGAAUCGCCCCCGGAUAUUUGUGAAAAUUGCCUGUUGGAGUACCUGGAGUUGUCGACAAUAACGUGGAUUACAAAGCCAGUUGGAAGAACUAUAAUCAUUAAAGAUGAUGUGCGAGGUGAUGCCCACCAUCAGCGAGGCCGAAGGGGGGGGCGGCGGUGGUCGUCGAGGCUCUGGCUCCCCGUUGCAGUCGGACUCCGAAGGUCACUUUGAGUCGCUGAUGGUGUCCAUGCUGGAGGAGAGGGAUCGUCUUCUUGAGACUCUGCGGGAGACGCAGGAGAAUCUGGGCUUGACUCAGGGCAAGCUGCAUGAAGUCAGUCAUGAACGAGACUCGCUGCAGCGACAACUCAACACUGCAUUGCCACAGGAGUUUGCUGCACUAACAAAGGAGGUGAACGUGUGCCGGGAGCAGCUUCUGGAGAAGGAGGAGGAGAUUGCUGAGCUCAAGGCGGAGAGAAACAACACACGGCUCCUGUUGGAGCACCUGGAGUGCCUGGUGUCUCGCCAUGAACGUAGUCUGAGGAUGACGGUGGUAAAGAGACAGGCUCAGUCUCCCGCGGGAGUCUCGAGUGAAGUGGAGGUCCUCAAAGCCCUUAAGUCACUUUUUGAACACCACAAAGCCCUCGAUGAGAAGGUGAGGGAGCGACUACGCGUCGCCUUGGAAAGAUGCAGCGCGUUGGAGGAGCAGCUCACCCUCUCACACAAAGAAUUGGCUUACCUCAGGGAGCAGAGCAUCCAGAAGAGAGGGAUGGCAGACGGAACCAGCGAGGUCAACCACAACUCUGAAAACACACCAAGCACGAAUGGCAAGCGGUCAUCUGACGGGUCGCUGAGUCAGGAGGAGGAGUUGGUUCAUGGGUUCGGGAAGGUCAGUGAGCUCAAGGAUGUGGUGGACCGGCAGUCGGCGGAUCUGGGCCAGAUGAAGGAGCGCAUGGGUGCUAUGGUUUCACGCAUCAGCGAGCUGGAGGAGGACCUAGACACGGCCCGGAAGGACCUCAUCAAGUCCGAAGACAUGAACACGCGGCUACAGAGAGACCUGAGAGAGUCAAUGGCUCAGAAGGAAGACAUGGAGGAGAGGAUCACCACCCUGGAGAAGCGCUACCUGGCAGCUCAGCGGGAGGCUACCUCCGUCCACGACCUCAAUGACAAGCUGGAGAACGAAGUGGCCAACAAGGACUCCCUCUUCAGACAGACUGAGGACAGAAACCGACAACUCCAAGAGAAGCUGGAGCUGGCUGAGCAGAAGCUGCAGCAGACCAUCCGCAAGGCAGAGACUCUGCCGGAGGUGGAAGCAGAGCUGGCUCAGCGGGUAGCUGCCCUCACAAAGUGUGUUCUGUGUGGCUCUAAAGGCGCUAAGACUCAAAAGAAGGCUGAGGAACGCCACGGCAAUGUGGAGGAGAGACUAAAGCAGCUGGAGGCCCAAUUGGAGGAGAAGAACCAGGAACUGCUCAGGGCACGGCAGCGAGAAAAGAUGAACGAGGAGCACAACAAGCGUCUGUCAGAGACAGUUGACAAGCUCCUCUCAGAGUCCAACGAGAGACUCCAGCUUCACCUCAAAGAAAGGAUGUCUGCUCUGGAGGAUAAGAAUGCCCUGAUAAGAGAACUGGAGCACACCAAGAAGUUGAUAGAGGAGUCUCACCACGAAAAGGAGCAACUCCUGAUCCAGAUUGAGACCAUGAGGGCAGAGAACGAGCAGGGAAGAAGCAGGAGCAACUCCUUACUACAUGGGCGGUCUCAGCUAGGCAGCACUCCAGAUUUCAGGUAUCCAGUGUCGGCUUCCUCGAUGAUGGACAGUAACUCGGACCAUUACGGCAGCGCUCUUGUGCUGAGACGGCCUCAAAAGGGACGAAUCGCAGCGCUCCGGGACGAGCCGUCCAAGCGACAUGUGCAGACCUUGAACGAGCAGGAGUGGGAGCGCAUGCAGCAGGCCAACGUGCUGGCGAAUGUUGCCCAGGCCUUUGAGAGUGACAUGGACGCGUCGGACCUGGAGGAGGACAGAGAAACGAUAUUCAGCUCGGUGGACCUGCUGUCGCCUGGUGGCCAGGCUGACGCACAGACCCUCGCCUUAAUGCUGCAGGAGCAGCUGGACGCUAUCAACAAUGAAAUUAGAAUGAUCCAGGAGGAGAAGGAGAGCACAGCCAUCCGGGCAGAGGAGAUUGAGUGCAGGGUGGGCACCGGUGAUAGCCUGGGAGGACGUUUCCGCUCCAUGAGCUCCAUCCCCCCGUCACUAUGUGCGGGCUCCUCGUUGGGCGACUCUCCCCCAGGCUCUGGCCACUCCACCCCCAGACGCGUUUCCCGCAGCCCCAACAGAGAAAUGGACCGCAUGGGUGUCAUGACCUUGCCUAGUGACCUGCGCAAGCACCGCAGGAAGUCUGCUCAGGAUGACAAGGCCACUAUUCGAUGUGAGACGUCGCCGCCCACCACUCCACGCUCCAUGCGCCUGAACAGGGAGGCAGGGCAUGCUGCCAGCCAUGAGGACAUUAGAGACAUUCGAGGUCUGGCUGGCCUGCAGGACGGCCAGGGUAGUAACCCUAGCAGUAGUAACAGCAGCCAGGACUCGCUCAACAAAGCAGCCAAGAAGAAGAGCAUCAAGUCUUCAAUUGGACGCCUCUUUGGGAAGAAGGAGAAGGGCCGACCCAGCAUUCCCGGCAAGGACUCCCCCAGCCAAGCUGGCACUCCUGAGGCAGAGAGCUCUCCUAAGGAUGGCUUAGGAAUGGGCACCCUGGGAGGCCCUGCAGAGAAGAACAGGAAGCUGCAGAAAAAUCCAAUGACAGGGCAUGAAUUACUGGAGGAGGCUCGCAUGCAGGGCUUGCCAUUCGCCCAGUGGGAUGGACCAACUGUUGUGGUUUGGCUGGAGCUGUGGGUGGGCAUGCCAGCCUGGUACGUGGCUGCAUGCCGUGCCAACGUGAAGAGCGGAGCCAUCAUGUCGGCGCUAUCGGACACAGAGAUCCAAAGAGAGAUUGGUAUCAGCAACCCGUUACAUCGUUUGAAACUUCGUCUGGCCAUCCAGGAAAUCAUGUCUCUCACCAGCCCUUCUGCCCCGCCAACAUCAAGAACGACCACUGGAAACGUUUGGGUCACACAUGAAGAAAUGGAAAGUUUGGCAGCCACACCUCCCACGGAGGAUGACAAGGGUAGCUGGGCCCAGACAUUGGCGUACGGCGACAUGAACCACGAGUGGAUCGGUAACGAGUGGCUGCCCAGCCUGGGUUUGCCACAGUACCGCUCCUACUUCAUGGAGUCCCUGGUGGACGCCCGCAUGCUCGACCACCUCACCAAGAAAGACCUUAGGGGACAGCUCAAAAUGGUGGAUAGCUUCCACAGGAACAGUUUUCAGUGUGGAGUGAUGUGUCUGAGGAGGCUCAACUACGACAGGAAGGAGCUGGAGAGGAGAAGGCAAGACUGUCAUCUGGAACUUCAAGAUGUGCUGGUGUGGAGCAAUGAGCGUGUGAUCAGUUGGAUUCAGGCCAUCGGGCUGAAAGAGUACAGCAGCAACCUUUACGAGAGCGGCGUCCAUGGAGCGCUGCUCGCCCUCGACGAAACCUUCGAUCACAACGCCCUGGCCCUCCUGCUCCAGAUCCCCACGCAGAACACACAGGCCAGAGCAGCUCUUGAGCGUGAAUACAACAGCCUGCUGGCCAUUGGCACAGAAAGGAGAAUGGAAGAGGACGACGAUAAGAACUUCCGCCGAGCCCCGUCAUGGAGAAAGAAGUUCAGGCCCAAAGACAUGAGGGGGAUGUCCUUGGGUGCGUCUGACACCCUGCCCGCCAACUUCCGAGUGACCGGUAGCAGCGCGGCAUCUCCCUCCACGCAGCCAAAGAGGAGCCCGAUGGACGGAAGUCAGUCUAUACAGAGGCUGGACACCGCCACAGUCAGGACCUACUCCUGUUAACACACAACGUUUAUCCUCAUUAUUUCUAUAGGUAGCCGCUGGUCCGAGGAUGAAGGGGAGUUCCCCGCCUUCAAGACCCGGAUGAUGAACUGAAACGACGCGCAAAGACACUAAAAAGAUGUUGCUGUUGUUGUUUUUUUUGGGGUGUGUUGUCAUCACAGAGAAAAGACCUUACUCACCAAUCUCAGUAUCCCUAGUGGAAACCUUCUAGAUUUAUCUUCAGUUGUUGUUGUAUUUAUGUAAAACCCACGGGACAUAUAAUUGAUUUUAGAAUUACUAUGUAAUCCUUUUUUUUUUUUUUUUGGUUUCUAUCCCCCUUUUAUCAACCCACUUUUUAAAAGAAGCAUUUCCCCACUUUGCCCGUAUUAAGCUCAGCUCUCAGAUGUAUGUAACUAAAAGCUUUCAAUUGUCUGGAGUUUGUAUAUUUCUACCAACAGACAUUUUAUCUAAUCUUUUUUUAUAAUCCUGAUUCUAUUGACCAGAUGUAAUGUUUCUUGUUUGUCCUCUUCUCUUUGAUUUAAUUUCUAAUCAUUGAAUUCAUGCUUAAGUGACUUUGACAUGUGAUGUAACUUAAUUCAUAUCCUUUUGCCCCUUUUUAACUGGUGUAGUUUCCGUAGCUCCAUGCCUGUGAUUUAGUGUAAAUGCAGCUCUUAGGUCAACGGAUGUGUGAAUAUCCGAAAAUUUGCUGGAGUUGUCAAACUGUUGAACACCAUCGCCGUUCAAAUAACUGCUGGCAAGCCAGGUGAUGUGACAACAGCGAUCAUGUGAAAC